UGCUGAUUUUGGAGCAGCUCACGUGAAAAAGCACAUGACUUUGCUAUGUGAGAUUUUUUCAGUGUAAUGUCAAAAACAUAAACAAUCACUGAAGAUUAAAAUUACGACCAAAAUGUGUCGAUGGUACACAUUGGAUGGUUUAACCGCGUUGUUUUGAAAUCGAUGUGUCGAUUCUACACAUCGCGCUGGUUUUUGCUCAAAAAGCCAUCAAAUGCGUAAACUGCUCUGUUGCCUGCUUCACCAUAGUUGCCGUUGGGUGUCGCCACCAGUCUCGGACUUAGACGUCAAACGGAAAGGAAAAAAACAUGCGGUUUUUGUGCAAGUUAGUUUGGUGAAUUUUCUGCAUAUUUGAACGGACUCUGAGCACUCGGUCGCUUGCAAAUAUGAAGCAGAAGGUGUUCGAAUCGGAUGCAUCCGGAACCUCUGCCGAAAGAUGUUACGCUGGAUGGCAGCUUACUGUCCAUCCGGCGUCAGACGAAAUGGUGCAGCAUUUCAAAACAUGGCCCGACAGGUUAAGCAGCGGACCAGGUUCGAAUUGGAACUCGAGCAGUGGAUCUAACACCUACAGAAGUGCCGGACGCGGGACGACGCUUGCUGCUCGGACCACAUCCUUGUGCCUUGAGGGAACUGUCCACCCGCGCUUAUCGGAACCAUCCGUUCCGACGCACCACAACAAGGAGUCGCUGCUGGAUUUCCGCCAAAAUAUCCGACCACAUUUCAUCCUACGGGCGGCUCGGUCAGCUGAACUCGACCUGGAAUCCACUACAGCUGGUGCACAAGUCGAGCGACCGGUCGAUAGCGCGGUCACCGCUCACGUGGCACACCCCGCCCAAUCACUUCACUUCAUGUCCGCAAACCACAAGAAGAAUCUUGACAGCAACCAAUACUGCAAACUUUUGGUCUGGCAAGCCGCUGAGUUCGGUCGUCAGCGGAACGGAGUCGCGUUUUCUCGACUAACAAUUUGUGUCCAGGCAACAACAAGUUCGAGGGCGCGGUCCUGCCACCGACCCCACCGGAACGAUCCCCGCAGAGAGCGGCCGCCGCGAGCAAAAGGAACGAAGCUCCAUCUUCCGCAUUCCGACGACCGCCAAGCAACCGUCCCGGUCGCCACAGGGCGUCACCUUAUCGACGCAGCACGAUAACGAGCAGCAGCACUACCAACAAAAUAACCCGCCGCCACCGCAGCUAGCAGUCGCGCAACCCACUUCGGCGCAGUUGCAGCCAACAUGUCCCAGCCAUAACAGCAGCAGCAGCAGCUUGGCGCUUACAGGAGAUGAACGUAAAACCGAACAUUUCGGAGUUGAUGAAUCCCGGCGAACAUGCUCGGGACCGCAAUGAUGAACCCGAGCCGUUUUUCGACUCACUCUCGAUGGUGUACCAAGUGACCAGGAAGCGCGGUCGUAUCAACAAGGUUGGGGAAGCGCACUGCGAGAUUUUCUCCGUUGACACAGGUCACCGGUUGGUGGUGCCCUGGCAGGAAAUUUGCUACUUGUCGCAGGCGCUGUGCGUCGGGCCGGCCUUGUGUUUGAGGCGUUUGUCGGGGACCGACUGCUAGGAGAGCUCCUACGAGAUUUUCAUCAAGCGGCACGACAUUUGCGUCAACGGGAUGGUGAAGAAGGGAUUCGCCGUGUCGAGUGGGUCCGUAUCGGCGGUCAUCGAGCGCAUCAAGGAGGACAUUCCGGAGAAAGAUGAUGAGGGGGCGGUUGUGGUUGUGAGGGUGGAGGCGGUCGAGCAAAAGUCGGUUAAGGAAGUAGGGAAUCGAACGCUGCGAAGUCAAAGUACGAAGGCCAGCAGCGGACCAAGUCAGUGCUGGCGGUGUCGAUUCUGCGGUUGGUCGAUCCGGGUGAGUUGACGUGACGUUGCAGCAGCAUGCGACGGCACUCGUGCGGAACCUACCAGGACGACAUUACGGACGAACACACGCCAAUCGACUGAUGGCUCCCAGCUCCCAGCCAAACCCAUCGAAAAGACCAUCUUCGUAGGCAAACCCGGCUACGUGGACAACAACGGCCUCAUCUACCUGGAGCAGGAACCGGUGUUGAACGCCCUGCGUAAGGUAAUCAACGCCAAGUUCGCCGACAGCAGCGCCAUUGACAGGUUCUACUCGGACAAC